CAUCGUCGCAAAUUAUUUCGGGUCCUUUAGUCGCGAAUUCCCUGUUCCGUUCAUGACGAUUCCUGUCAGCGACGUGGCGACGGGCGGGGGUAACUUCUGAGUCGACUCAGACACCUCACAGGCGAAUCUUUCUUGGUAUUACCGAAACGAAUUUGAUUUUUAUCGUAACCACCUUGGUACUACCGAGGCUACUCAUCCUGUAGAGCGACCAGCGACCGUUCAUGGCGAUUUCUGCCAGCGAAGCAGCGGCGAGUGUGGUACCUCCUGCGUCGACGUAAACACCUCAGGCGAGCCUUCCUUGGGAUUACCGAAAGCAACCCAUUUUCAAGAGCGACCGGCGACCGUUCAUGGCGAUUUCUGCCAGCGAAGCAGCGGCGAGUGCGGUACCUCCUGUGUGGACUUAGACACUUCAGGCGAACCUCCCUUGGGAUUGCCGAAAGCAACCCAUUUUCAAGAGCGACCGUCGACCGAUCAUGGCGAUCCCUGCCAGCGAGGCAGCGGCGAGUGCGGCGGCUGCGUUCGCUUUCACGGCCGCUAACCGCAACUGCAUCAUUGUUAGCCCGAAGCAGCGAGGCAACCCCGUUCUAUCGCACAUCAGAAAUGUGAGGUGGGCGUUUGGCGACAUCACACCAGACUACCUCCUCUCCCCCUCCUCCUGCGCCCUAUUCCUCUCCCUGCGCUAUCAUCUGCUGCAUCCAGAUUAUCUCUAUUUUCGGAUCAGGGAGCUCCAGAAGAGCUUCCGCCUGCGAAUCGUGCUGUGCCACGUGGACGUUGAUGACGUCACCAAGCCCCUCCAUGACAUCACCAAGACAGCUCUUCUAAACGAUUGCACGCUGCUGUGUGCCUGGAGCCCCAACGAGUGUGCCCGCUACCUGGAGACCCUCAAGAGCUAUGAGAACAAGCCAGCAAACGGCAUUCAAGAGAGAGUGGACAGUGACUAUAUCUCCCGGCUCACUAGCGCCCUCACGUCCAUUCGCCAUGUGAACCGCACCGAUGCCCUCACUCUCGGGACCAACUUCGGGACUCUAUCCAACAUCAUGGGGGCAUCAAUGGAUGAGCUUGCACGGUGCCCGGGAAUAGGAGAGAGAAAGAUCAAAUGGCUACAUGACGCCUUCCAUGAGCCGUUUCGACGACGGGGAUCAAAGCAAGCCAGGUUGGCUCUCCAACCUGCUGCUGCUCCUGCUGCUGGUACUGCUGCCGGUGCUGCUGCCGGUGCUGCUGCUGGUACUGCUGUUGAUGGUGCUCAGGCUGCCAGUGCUGCUGCUAAUGGUGCUGCUGCUGCUGCUUCUGCCUCUGUCGCUACUGCUCAUGGUGCUUCUAUCGCGGCUGCUGCCACUGUUGCCAGUGCUGAUGGUGCUGCUACGGCGGCUGCUCCUGAUGGUGCUGCUAUGGCGGCUGUUCCUGAUGGUGCUAAAGCUGGAGGUGGUGGUGAUGAGAUUGGGUCUGCUGGGUGUGGCAAUGCCGGUGCUGUUGCCAUUAUUGCUGCUGCUGCUGCAGGUGGUGGUGGUGGUGGUGGUGGUGGUAGUAGUGGAAAAGGCAGUGCUGCUGCUAAUGCUUUAGUUGGGUCUUCUGCUGCUCCUCUUGUCGAGUCUCCUCCUGAUGCUUAUGCUUUUGAAGGGUCUUUUGAAAGGGCUUCAAACCCGGCUGAUUUUCGUGCUGCAUUUGCUCACCAUUCGACCCGAUAAGUAACUCCUUGGCCACCUUUGUUCUCUCUACUCUAUACUCCCAUUUUGUUGUACAUAUUAAAAUGUGAAGCAUGAU